AUGACUCCUGAGGGCUGCUCCGACGAUGUCGACUGGAACGCCGACUCAGACCCCGCCGUCGACGACUCCGAAGCCAGCUCCUCCGAUGGCGGCGAAGAAGCCAUGGAUCGACUGCGCCAAGUCGUCAACCUCCUCGAAGAUUGUGCACCCAACCAUCUACAGCUGGAGUAUGCCACAAUGCAAGCUAAACGUCAAGCGAUCAUGUCGUCGAACCGUCUCUGGUCGGCGGAAGAGAAAGCCGACUACGGGCAAUGGCCGCUGAUUCUUGGCAACCGAAGGAAAGCAGAUGAAUGGACGCUCAAGGACACCAUACCAAUUCUCAAGCUUCCUUUGUACAUGGCCACCGAAGUAUGUCGAUACUGGUUCAAGCAUAAGCAGUCAUUGAUGGCUAGUUGAAGUUGCUGAUUAGGAAGCAAAACUGACACAAUUCUUCCUCACCGAUCCUCCUAUCCUUCAUUGGCGAAACCAACCGGAACAGGAGCACGAAUGGACAGCCUGCAAAUACGAACGUUGUCUCGCCGUAGAAGAAACAUCUCACGGUGCUCCAUCGAUCUCUUUCCAUCAGCAUCCGGCGGAUCACCUGACAAUGAUCGAAUGGCACCCGCUGAUCGGCCACAAUUUGCAAUCCACUUGGAAGGAAUCACGCAAAGAAGUGCUUCGCAUAUCGCACCAGUGCUCGGGCGCCUGCAUGCGCUACACAGGAGAUGAUGGGAAGAUAUACUACAACGUGCGACCGAAGGACAAAGAUAUCGUGCGCGAAUGCUCUUCACAAUUGAAGGUGAGUUAGCCGAAAUUUCAGCGUCAGAGAUCCUUUCUUUGCUGUGUUUGGGUUCGUGGCUUUUGCGCAUGCGCUGAGACCCGUUUCGUUACCUGCACUCUGCACUCUGCUUUUGUAAGAUUGUGGUUCCAGCCAGCAAUCUCUCGAUCGCCUUGAUUUACACGCUUGGCGACCAUGAGGGCCGGCGGACCCUAGAAUCGGUCAGGAAACCGGCCGCGGUUAUGCGAACUGUCGCUCAUCAGAUAGUGCAACAGUGUGGCAGCACCCGAAGCACUGCUUUCCAAGGCGAAUCACAAUCAUGA